AUGGCAGACAACACGAUCACUUUCGGCUGCAACCUGAGCGUGGACAACUUCUGGGACCUGCCCGAGUUCGCCAAGCGUGCCGAGGACCUGGGGUUUGACCGGGUGGCAAUUGGGGAGCACGUGAUGGACGGCAACCCGCCGCGUCCCACGGCGAUGGGAUUGCCGGCCAUGGCGGCGGCGGCGGGAGCGACCACGCGGCUGCGGGUGCUCACGGGCAUCGUGAUCGCGCCGCUAUACCAUCCGGUGAUGCUGGCCAAACUGGUGGCAACGGUUGACCAGAUUUCGGGCGGACGGCUGGAUUUCGGGAUUGGCAUCAGCGGUCAACGGGACACGCGCGCGGAGUUCGACGCGCUGGAGAUUCCCGUCAACACGCGCGGGCGGCGCACCGACGAGAUACUGCGGGCGAUGAAGCAGUUGUGGCAGGAGGACCACGUCUCCCACCACGGGCGGUUCUUCAACUACGACGACGUGACGUUGCUGCCCAAGCCUUUCCAGCAGCCCUACCCGCCGAUCUGGGUGGCCGGACGGAGCGACGCGGCGGUCAGGCGGGCGGCCAUCGCCGGCGACGGGUGGUAUCCGUACCUGUUCACCGUCAACCGUCUCCGCCGCUCCAACGCCAGCGUGCGCGACAUGGCCGAGCAGUCGGGCCGCGACCUGAGCCGGUUCCACUGGGGCGCGGAGGACAUCGCCCGGGCGCUGUGCAUCACCGGCAACGCCGAGGACUGCAUCGGGGCGGUGCAGGAACGGAUUGACGCGGGCGUGCGCGAUUUCGUGUUCGGGUUCCUGGCCGGCGAGGCCGACGACUACUUCCGCCAGAUGGAGCUGUUCUCCAGCCGUGUGCUGACGCACUUCAAGUGA